UACGCAGAUAAUGCAUUCCGCGUCGAUAUCGUCCUCGUCACCAGCCCUUGCGCAGACCCCCAACAGCUUCACAGAUUUCGCAGCACCCCCACCACGUCACCAGAGUUUUACACAUGGUACAUUCAAUCGCCUCUCAAAUGGCGGACUACAGGCCGCACCCGGCGUUCCAUCCAACUUCAACAUGGCGAGUCGACGUCUUUCCUCCCCGGCGCACUUUGCGGAACCUUCAUACUCACGCUACGACCCACGUCAAGCCGCAGCACCAUACUCACGACCACAAAUGUCGUUCAACAUGAAUAUGCAUCAGUCCACUACGCCUACGACAACGCAGCACCCAAAUAUCCCGGAAGAACCCGCGUCACCACAUGCGGCGCCCACGUUCACGGUUCCGAGUUAUCCGCAGCAAUCACCACGGACGAUGAGUGCGAGUGUUAGUCAAUCGGGCUCGAAUAUUCCAAUGAAUGCCCCCGCUGGGUCGACGUUGUAUGAUAGACGUAUGUCGCAUCCUACGCUUCCUUCUGCACCAAUGCCGAUGGCGCCGCCGUCGAAUAUCCGGUUGAGACAGAACUCGAUGUUUGAUUUGGGUAGGAUCCCAGGUGCUGGUAAUGGCGUGGGGAUGGGCGUUGGUGUGCCGAUGCCUACAAUGGCUGAAAACCGACCGAUGAGCCAGAACCAGAAUCAGAACCAGAUCCAGCCUCGGGAUAGGUUCCAAGAGACGCUAGAUUCGGCGAGAGGGAUGAUUGCCAUGUCCUCCCAACCACCCGUCCCAUCAAUGGGCAACGGCUCACAUAUGUCCUACUCAAACCAAGCCUUCUCACCACCCUCCAUGCACGCAGACUUUGACCCCUCAACCACCCGUUUCGACCCCGAUAACUCCCACAACCAAUCCCGACACGGUUCCUUUUCCGACCGCCGCUUCAGUGAGACCAGCAUCGGCUCCUCCGCCGCCGACGAAGAAACCGGAUACCAAGCAGCACCCGCAACAAGCGCUCAGGCUGCCGCAAUGGCGGGAUUGCAGAGUAUGAUGACCACGUUCAGUUCGAAGCAGGGUUCGAAUUCGGCGAAGAAGCAUAAGUGUCAUGUUUGUCAGAAGGGGUUCACAAGGCCGAGUUCGUUGCAGACGCAUAUGUAUAGUCAUACGGGCGAGAAACCUUUCCGGUGUGAUUUUGAGGGAUGUGGAAGGCAGUUUUCUGUUGUGUCGAAUUUGAGGAGGCAUAAACGUAUACACUCACAGUCUAGCCCAGAGGCGGUUUCUCAAACUGGAUCUGGAAACCGGGACGACUAGAUUGGCCAAUGAUCUUCUGGCUGUGGUGGUGCUAUGAUAUGGUUGAUCUUCUGAUGAUGUACGCUAUUUGUGUUGGUUUGUGUUUUUCUUUUGCAACUGCUUUCAAAGUCCCAGUAUCGAUAUCGUUACUCAAGAAGAAGGCGUCGUAUACACGACGAAAGACGUCGUCAACCGGCGUAUCUGUGGUGGUUGGGGUUUAUGGUGGGGUUCAUGGGUAUAGAACUUUCUGGACAGGAGUGGACACCCUUGAUUUCUUCGAGUUUUCUGUCGUUUCGGCAAUAUUGGUGGU